CAUGUUGGCCAGCCUGUGGGAGAAAAUCGGGCAUCGUCUGCUGUUUCCCCCCCUCAAAAACUAACAUACAUCAAAAUCCAAUUUGUUUGCCUUCGAUGUGAGAGAUAAAGCCAUUUGGACGACGAGCAGCCGACAGUCAGUGACAGUGCACCCGGCUGCGGCGGAAGGACUGCCGUUAAACGCUCAAACGACUCCGUGUUUCAACUCAUCGAAAUUUGGAAGAAGCAGAAGUUUUUUUCCCACCACUUCUACUUUUGAGCUGUCAGAUUCGUUUUGUCGUUUUCUGCAAGGGCCUGGCACAGGUAUGGGAAGAGGCCCGGACUAACCCUCUCCACAAACUGUGCUUUUACGAACAGACGCUACAUUGAAGUUUAAGUUGCCUUUUGUUUGGAUGCAGCAACAUUUUAAGCCCUUAUCCUCUGCGGCAUCCUGCGGAGGCUGACUAAUCUGUCGCCGCAUUUAUCUUCUGCCACUGAAGUUAUUUGCCACUCAUACUGGGAAACAUCUUUCGACACUGGAAAUGUGGCUUUUGUACAUUCAACGCAACCAGAAACGUUUCAUCGUCUGUGAAAGCCUGAGGAGAACGAUGUGUUUUCUUUGAAGUGGAGGCGGAAAGUUCACACGAAGAAAGAACAAUUUGGCUAGCUAGCUACCGCUGGCUGCUAAAAGCUAGCUAGCCAGCCUUCUGUCUCGCCAGUGAGCUUUUUUUGUCCAUAACCCAACACCGGGACUGAGUUCAACAGCAAAAAUGUCUGCUGGAGAAAGUCUGGGGGCUCGAUUUGGAAAAAUCGAUGCCAUGUUGAAGGACCCAAAGUCAGAAAUAAAUACGGAUUGUCUUCUGGAUGGCUUGGAUGCACUGGUGUACGACCUUGACUUUCCUGCCCUGAGGAAAAACAAGAGCAUUGACAACUUUUUGAAUAGAUAUAAGGAAACCAUUAGUAAAAUUCGGGACCUACGCAUGAAAGCGGAGGACUAUGAGGUGGUUAAAGUUAUUGGGAGGGGAGCAUUUGGAGAGGUGCAAUUGGUAAGACACAAAGCCACAAGCAAGGUAUACGCCAUGAAGCUGCUGAGCAAGUUUGAGAUGAUCAAAAGGUCGGACUCUGCUUUCUUUUGGGAGGAGAGGGACAUCAUGGCUUUUGCCAACAGCUCAUGGGUGGUGCAGCUCUUUUUUGCCUUCCAGGAUGACCGCUACCUCUACAUGGUGAUGGAAUACAUGCCCGGUGGCGACUUGGUUAACUUGAUGAGCAACUAUGACGUCCCAGAGAAGUGGGCCCGCUUUUACACUGCUGAGGUGGUGCUGGCUCUGGACGGUAUCCACUCUAUGGGCUUCAUUCACAGGGACGUGAAGCCUGAUAACAUGUUGUUAGACAAAGCAGGCCACUUAAAACUGGCAGACUUUGGGACGUGCAUGAAAAUGAAUAAGGAUGGUAUGGUACGAUGUGACACAGCAGUGGGAACUCCAGAUUACAUUUCGCCUGAGGUACUGAAAUCCCAAGGAGGAGAUGGUUAUUAUGGCAGAGAGUGUGACUGGUGGUCAGUGGGAGUGUUCCUGUACGAAAUGCUAGUCGGCGACACGCCUUUCUAUGCAGACUCACUGGUUGGGACCUACAGCAAAAUUAUGAACCAUAAGAAUGCCCUGACCUUCCCUGAUGACAGUGACAUCUCCAAUGAUGCCAAGAAUCUCAUCUGUGCUUUCCUGACUGACAGGGAGGUUCGUCUUGGCCGGAAUGGUGUAGAUGAGAUCAAGAGGCAUCCUUUUUUCAAGAAUGAUCAGUGGACAUGGGAGAGCAUCAGAGAAACGGCUGCCCCUGUAGUGCCUGAACUGAGCAGUGACGUUGACACCAGUAAUUUUGAUGACAUUGAGGAAGAUCGGGGAGAGGAGGAGACCUUUCCAAUACCAAAGGCCUUUGUGGGCAACCAGCUCCCCUUUGUAGGCUUCACUUACUACAGCAAUCAGCACCUUUCACGAAGCUCCUCCACCACAAAAGCCAGUGACAAACGUAGCAGCUCCACAAAGGAAGACAAGAGUCAUCUGGAGAACUUGCAGAAAAGAAUCUACCAGCUGGAGGAACAACUCCACAGUGAGAUGCAGCUGAAGGAUGAAUUGGAGCAGAAAUGCAGGACCUCAGACACCAAGAUUGAAAAGCUCACGAAAGAACUGGAUGAGGAGGCAAACCUGAGGAAGGGCACAGAGGCAAGCAUGUCUCUGCUGGAGAAGGACAAGAUGAUGAUGCAGCACAGAUCCACUGAGUACCAAAGAAAAGCUGACCAGGAGGCAGAGAAGAGGCGCAAUUUGGAGAAUGAAGUGUCAACUUUAAAAGAGCAGCUCGAAGAUAUGAGAAAGUUAAGCCAGAACUCUCAGGCCUCAAAUGACAAGAUUGUCCAGCUGCAGAAUCAGCUUGAAGAGGCCAACGACCUCCUGCGGGCAGAGUCGGACACGGCGGCGAGAUUGAGGAAGAGCCACACGGAGAUGGCCAAGUCAAUGAGCCAGUUGGAGAGUUUGAACCGUGAGCUGCAGGAGAGGAGCCGCUCGGUAGAUGGAGAGAAAGCUCAGGUGGAGAAGGAGCUCCUGCUUAUUCAGAGCACCCUGGACUCAGAGAGGAGGAACUACAGCCAAGGCUCUGAGGAGAUCAGGGAGCUGCAAGCGAGGAUGACAGGGGUGCAAGAAGACAACAAAAGCUUGAAGCUCAGCCUCUCUAAAGUGGAGGGCGAACGCAAACAGGCCCAGGAGAGAAGCAAUACCCUGGAGAAGGAAAAGAAUAACCUGGAGAUAGACCUGAACUACAAACUGAAGACCCUGCAGCAGCGUCUGGAGCAGGAACAGACUGAGCACAGAGGGACGCGGGCGCAGCUCACCGACAAAUACGAGUCUAUUGAAGAAGCCAAAUCAGCUGCCAUGAAUGCUGUUCAACAGAAGAUGUCGGAGGAGAAUGGAGCGAGGAUGCGAGCGGAGAGCCGGGUAGUGGAGGUCGAGAAGCAGUGCUCGAUGUUAGAGUUUGACCUCAAGCAGUCUGUGCAGAAGAUGGAGCAGCUGAUGAAGCAAAAGGAGAGGCUGGAAGAUGACGUGAAGAACCUGCGGAUACAGUUAGAACAGGAUUCAAGCAAACGCGCUCAGGCCCAGAAUGAGCUGAAGGGUCGCAUGCAGGAGAUCGACCGUCUUAGGUGUUCAGAGAAGCAGGCCAAACAGGAGAUCAAUGCAGCUCUAGAGAGUAAACGCUCCCUGGAGUUCCAGCUGGCACAGCUGACCAAACAAUACAGAGGCAACGAGGGACAGAUGAGGGAACUUCAGGACCAGCUUGAGGCCGAACAGUAUUUUUCUACGCUUUACAAAACUCAGGUCAAAGAACUAAAGGAGGAGAUUGAGGAGAAGAACCGGCAGGUACAAGAGGCUCAUAAAAAGGUGCAGGACUUGUGCAGUGAAAGGGACUCCCUGUCUGCCCAGCUGGAUCUGACUGUGACUAAGGCUGAGUCAGAGCAGCUUGCCCGGGCACUUCAGGAGGAGCAGUACUUUGAGCUCAGCCAAGAGAACAAGAAGACAAUAACUAGACAUAAGCAAGAGGUUGGAGAGAAGGAGUCUACUAUUGCACGACUUGAGGAAUCCAAUAAAACUCUGACCAAAGAUGUGGAGAACCUCAGCAAAGAGAAAGCUGAGCUAAAUGAGAAGCUUCGUACUCAGGAAGACGAGUAUGCAGCUCAGAAGGAAGACAUUACAAAUGCAAUCAAGGCCAACUAUGAGAAGAUCCUCAACACAGAGCGCACACUGAAGACUCAGGCGGUGAACAAGCUGGCCGAGAUCAUGAACCGCAAAGACAUGAAACUGGACCAGAAGAAGAAGGGCAGUACUGCUGACCUGCGAAAGAAAGAGAAGGAGAACCGCAAGCUUCAGCUGGAACUCAACCAGGAGAAGGAGAAGUUCAACCACAUGGCCAUCAAGUAUCAGAAGGAGCUAAGCGAGAUGCAGGCGCAACUGGCAGAGGAGUGCACAUAUCGUAACGAGUUGCAGAUGCAGCUGGACAGUAAGGAGAGUGACAUCGAGCAGCUUCGGGAGAAACUGAACGACCUGCAGCAGCGCAUGGAUAACUCUAGUGUGACCAGCUUGCAGACAGAUGAAACAGACAGCAACAUCGCAGAAUCUAGAUUGGAGGGUUGGCUCUCUAUUCCUAACCGCGCUAAUAUCAAGAGAUACGGAUGGAAGAAGCAGUAUGUGGUGGUGAGCAGUAAGAAGAUUCUGUUCUACAACGACGAGCAGGAUAAGGAACAGUCCAAUCCUUCAAUGGUACUAGAUAUUGACAAACUGUUUCACGUCAGACCAGUCACACAAGGAGACGUGUACCGAGCUGAGACAGAAGAGAUUCCAAGGAUAUUCCAGAUCCUUUAUGCCAACGAGGGAGAGUGCAGGAAGGAGGCGGACAUGGAGACGGUCCCUCAGGGUGACAAGACCAACUGUUUCCCCCACAAAGGCCACGAGUUCAUCCCCACGCUAUAUCACUUCCCUUCCAACUGCGAGGCCUGCGCCAAGCCUCUGUGGCACGUCUUCAAGCCGCCUCCGGCCCUGGAGUGUCGCCGCUGCCACGUCAAGUGCCACAAGGACCACCUCGACAAAAAGGAGGACGUUAUUGCUCCUUGCAAAGUUAACUACGAUGUGACCUCCGCCCGGGACAUGCUCCUGCUGGCUCUGACCCAAGAUGAGCAGAAGAAAUGGAUUGGCCACCUUGGAAAGAAGAUUCCUAAGACCCCACCAUCCACUUUUUCAAGAGCCUCACCUCGUACUAUGUCCACUCGCUCUGGCCCGAACCAGUCCUUCCGCAAGAACCCUAAAAGCAAUACAGGAAAGCUGAGCAGAGCGCAGUCCAGCCUCCAAGCAGCAGACACAACAUCCAGCACUUGUUGACAGGAACUUCUUCAGAAAGUGUUGAUGAUUUUUAGACUUUGUCUACAGAUUUAAACUAUUUAUUAAUUGUGUUCCUGGGUGUUUCUAACACGAGACACUUCUUGGUUGGUUGGUUAACUCCCUGGGCUCUUUUCCAGUUGACACUUGGGAUUCUUGUUUUUCUAAUUGGCACUAAUAAUGUGUUGUUGGGUUCAGUAACUAACUUACAGACUUACUAUACAACCCUCCUGAGAAUGUGGUCCACUUUAUGGGUAUUUAUAUCACCUGUCAAACAUGAUGCAAAGGUGUUAACGGGGUAAAGCAGCAUAUCUGUUUCCUGUUGUAUGUUGACUUAAAAUGGGUUACUAACCAAGGUUAAGAUAUUUUGUCUUUCCUUUACUGGACACCUGUCUCUGUUCUUUCUUUCAGCUAACCGUCUGAACCAUUGGAUUCUUUUCUGGACUCUAUACUUUCCCUCCUCCCCCCUUCCUCAUCCUCAAAAACGAAGAAACCUGUAUUACAUAGAAAAUUUGGUUAAAAAAUAAUAAAAAUAUAUAUAUAUAUGUCAGUAAAUAACCAGCGCUGGAAAAUUGCAACACAUGUCAGACACAAGGCAUCAUGGACAAUAAGAGGCCUGAUACCCCCAUUCCACCCUCUCACAUCUUUGAGAUAAAAACAUCAUCCAUCUACACAAACUUGCAGCUCUCCAUUUCUACCAGAAGAUGGCACACUCAUCUUGAAAGAUGGACAGAGGAGAGCUGAAGGGACUCAUGUCAUGGAGGCAUUCUGUGUUUCAUAUCAUAUGACAGUUCUGAUGGAUAUCGGAAGGUAAAAGGGGGUUUUGCUGGGACUUCUGCAAGUAUGUGUUUGGUUAAAGGUACUGUCAUACAGGGAUUGCAGAUCUGCAGUGAGUGAUUGUGUCUCAGGGGUGAAAAAUGAUUAUCUAUCUAUUUUUUACUUCUUUCCCCGCCUGACAGAUACUCGAGUUCAGUGUAAGCAUACUUCUGUUUUCAGCAUAACAAAAAAUGACUGAUGCCUUCAUUAAACGUCUCGGCCUUUUUGCCUUUAUUCUUAUUACUCUGCAAGUCAGUUAUCAGGUUUGGGACAGAGUAUUGGGACAUGAGUAUUAGAUGUUUUGAGUAUUGAGUGAGGAGCAUGCAAGAUCAUCAUUUAAAUCUAUGCAUUAUUUUUAUUAUUAUAAUUAUUUUUAUUACUCCUUGCCGUACGGAAAAUACCAUUGUAAUGGCAUAUAGGAGUCCUAAAAAUCUAUUGACUUUUUUCUGUUUAUUUGGUACAUUGUCUCUGUAAUGUUUUUUUUUCUCUUGUAUUAUUUUUUGUUUUGUAAUGUAUUGCCUUACAUUGAUUCAUAGAUAAAUGGUUCAAAAGGAAAACAUUAAGUUAACAAAUGUAAAACUGCACUGUUUGAAUUGUAAAUUAUUUUUAGAAGACUAAACAGGUGUAGCAUUUGGCCCACCUAGUGCCUUAACGUUUGGAUAUUGAUUUUACUGCCAUAUCUGUUUUUUCUUUAUUUCUCCAAAACAAGACAAAUCUUAACUCUUCCAUCGUUUAUUUUUUAAGAAAUCACCACACAUUCGUGGUUUUAUCAAAACUUACUUUUUGUGGUUUGACUAUAUAAAAAUAUAUAUAUUAGAUUACCUCUUUAUGGACACAUUGCAAUAGGUUUAGCGUGUUAAAACAAAAGUCCCCAGACUCAGUUCAUAUCAAAUGACAAAUUUCGGGAUGGUGUACCUAAAGCAAGGCCUAUCUGUGUUGUCUUUGUUAACAAAUACAAGUUGUUUCUUUAACACGGUAAUGUCCCGUUAAUGCAAACCCCCCCACAGUGUAUAUAAUGAGAGAGACACAAGGAUUAUGGAAUACCUCCGCAAUCUUUUUAUUUGUAACUUUUUGUUCAGUUAAGAAAAGCACUGGAACUAUGAUCUACUCUUGUCUUGGAUAAUUUGCAUGGUUAAUUGCAUUGGAGUCCGCACUGAUGGAUAUGUCAAUAAACAUAUCUUUAUCAUU